AUGGCAGUAGAAGGCCGGCCUGAUGGUCCAGAGCUCGAGCGCACGGACAUGAAAGCACUCAUCGCAGCAAGGCGAAAAGAGCUUGCCCACCAGUCUGCCUCUCUGGAGGCUGCAGACAGCUUAUCCAGCACCGCAGAUGCUUCAGGGACGGCUCUGUCUCAUCGGACACAGAGCACGGCAGGAUCCAACUUGAUGCUCGCUGAUGCGCCGCCAAACAUGCAGCUACCCGAGUCUGAGACAAGUCGACAAGACAGUGACUCGCCGCAGCUUCAGCAGCCCCAAGAUGGCUCCGCAGCGCACGGUGUGGACCAGCCAGGCAAGCUCACAGCGGAGGAGCAAGCGCAGAAGCGAGCCGCAGAUCGAGACCGUAUGAAGGCAAUGAUCGCAUCUCGCCGACAAGCCAUGGCAGCUCUCAAGCCAGAGCCAGCCGAACCAGUGACAGAUGCGGUUGUAGACCUACACGCUCAGGAUGAUUCAGAUGCACAACCCAACCCUCGCUCAGAUGAGACUGUAACAGCGCCAGACGCGCCGAGAGUGGCCACAUCCGAGCUACCAGCUGCGGUAGAGGCCACGGCUGAGGCAUCAGAGGAGCCACCGUCAGCAUCGAUACUGCUAGCUGCCUCUGCCGCUGCAGCUUCCCUGUCCGAUUCCCAAGCAGCAAGCCUGUCAACAUCCAGAUCAUCAGACGCGCCGCAAGUCGAACAUGCCCAUGGAUCCGAGGAUGCCGACAGUCUGUUGACAGAGACUUACGACUUACUCGCUACGCCGGACGAAGAAGACAAUAUUUCACUCACUCGACAACAGCUACAGACCGAUCUCGAGAAGCUCGGCAUCAGAUUGCCGUCGUACAGACCGCCAUCUGCCGCGCAAGCCAAUCUGGCUUACCCGGAGGACGAGGAUAUCCUGCAUGCACCUCUACCAGACUGGGAUUUGAGCAAUGCUGCAGCUCAAUCCAUCGGUCCAUUGGGAUUACAGCAACGCCGAAGCUCGCAGCCUGAUGAAAAGACCGUCCUGUAUGCCGUCAAGCACGAUGACCCGGAAGAGAUUGCUUUCGACAUGCGCAUCAAAGCGUCUUUGCAUUCGCCACAACAGACUGCGAAGUUUCCCUCGCCUCGCAAGAUCUCCGGCACGGAAGGAGCUCCUCUGACUCAUGUCAGUGUGCUGGAAGGCGUGUACAGGCCUGGCCUGCUCUUCACCGACAGAACUUCGCAACGGGCUACGUCUGCUGCGCGCUCGAGCGAUCAAGGCCGACUAUCGAGUAGCUCUGGACCGUCUGAUCUACGCAAAGCGAGCAGCAACAGUUCGCUCAGCUCUACCUCAUCUGCCCCUCGUCACACAGUCUCGAGAACGCCCGCUAGCUCAUCUCGACCAGGCAGCUCCACCGCUCGCUAUCCUGCCGGACUUGCAAAAGUGCACACUCUGGCACAGACUGCGCCCAGUACGCCAAGGAGAGUCUCACAAGACGCUACUCAAGUGACGCCACUUGCAAGGGCAUCUAUGCAGCCGCAGAGAAGCGACAGUACGCCCAAUCGAUUCGGUAUCGCUUCGACCCCAUCGCGCCGCACGAGCAUGCUUGCUUCGUCCACUCAUCGCUCUGCUACGCCAGAUGCACCCAUCGGUCGCUCAUGCGAGACGCAUAGCGCACCCAUCUCUCGCAUACCCACGCCUCGACGCUCGAUGCUGCCGACGCCGAAGAGGCGCGGAUAUCAGCCGACUGGCUACGCAUGA